AUGAACAAGAAAGGCUACGUUUACUUGAAGAAAAGAGCGAGUUGGAGAAUCUUGACUGCCAUGACGAUGUCGUACGAGCCUUUGAAACUAUCUGUAUUGAUAUUAGCAAGUACGACUAUGCCCUCAAGUACGUGUACGUUUUGA